AUGCAUCACCAGCAGCGUGACAGCGGCAACGUCAUGACGAAGCCGUCGGAUGACACCUUGCACGCCAAAGUCAUACGGGAGCACGACCACCAGCGAAAUGAUAUGGACAUUGAAGCCAACGAUGCCCAAAUCAACGAGCUUGUCCGGCCUUACAGUCUUGACUUGAUUCGAUCCACAUCGAGACUCGACCCUGGCAUCAACCCAUUCUUAUCAGAUCAUCCAUCAUUGAACCCAAGCUGCCGCGAAGAGUUCAACGCCAAGAAAUGGGCCCGAGCCCUCCUUCAGCAUUCAUGCCACCAUCCCGAAGACUACCCUAGGCUUGAAGCUGGAGUUGCGUAUCGUAACUUGAGUGUUCAUGGGUACGGUACUGAUACCGACUACCAGAAGGAUGUUCUUAACGUCCUCUGGCAAGCACCUAUGAUGAUCAAGCAGGCUCUCAGCAACCGUCGCCAAAAGAUUGACAUCUUGAGAGAGUUUGACGGUAUCAUCAAGAGUGGUGAGAUGCUCUUGGUGCUAGGUCGUCCCGGCAGUGGUGUCUCUACCCUGCUCAAGACGAUCGCCGGCGAGACCCAGGGUCUUCAUCUGGGGGAUCAUUCACACUUCAGCUAUCAAGGCAUCCCAAUGGAAACCAUGCACAAGCGAUUCCGAGGAGAAGUCAUCUACCAAGCCGAAACCGACAUCCACUUCCCCCACCUCACAGUUGGACAGACACUCCUCUUCGCCUCACUAGCAAGAACGCCAAAGAACCGACUUCCCGGUGUCAGCAGGCAGAGAUACGCCGAACACUUGCGGGACGUUGUUAUGGCCGUCUUUGGUAUCUCCCACACCAUCAACACAAAGGUUGGAAACGACUUCGUCCGUGGUGUCAGCGGAGGCGAGCGCAAACGCGUGAGUAUCGCAGAGGUCACGCUCAGCCAGGGCCCUAUCCAGUGCUGGGAUAACAGCACUCGCGGGUUGGACAGUGCUACUGCGUUGGAGUUUGCUCGGACUCUGCGGCUAUCUACGAACAUGGCCAAGACUUCUGCCAUUGUCGCGAUGUAUCAGGCCUCGCAGCCGGCAUAUGAUGUAUUCGACAAGGUCGCGGUACUCUAUGAAGGUAGACAGAUCUACUUUGGUUCUACGGCGCUGGCAAAGCAAUACUUCGUCGAUAUGGGAUACCGUUGCCCCGACCGUCAAACCACCGCCGACUUCCUCACGUCUCUCACGAAUCCCGCAGAACGGGUGGUCCGCAAAGGAUUCGAGAACAGAGUUCCCAGAACAUCAGACGAGUUUGCAACUGUGUGGAAGAGCAGCGACGUCAGGGCACGCCUGAUGGAGGAGAUAUUUGCCUUUGAGGAGGAGCAUCCUCUCGAUGGCUCAGGGAUCGACAAGUUUGCCGCGACGCGCCAGGCCCACAAAGCCUCUUUUGUGACGCCGCAAUCACCUUAUACCAUCUCUCUGCCUAUGCAAAUAUGGCUCUGCAUGACGCGUGGGUAUCAGCGUCUAUUGGGUGACUGGCUGUUCUUCGUUGUCACUGUUGGUGGCAACUUGGUCAUUUCUCUGGUGCUUGGAAGCAUUUUCUUCGACCUGCCAUCUGAUGCAUCGAGCAUGAACUCUCGUUGCAUUCUGCUGUUCUUUGCGAUCUUGUUCAAUGGACUCAGCAGUGCUCUUGAGGCAUGUCAUUUUUCUGCAGCCAUAUGGCCUACGAUAAGCCGGACCCAUUGUCGAAAAACACGCUCGCUACGCUUUAUAUCACCCGCCUCAGAAGCUAUUUCCUCGACAAUCUGCGAUCUUCCAAGCAAGAUUCUAUCGACCUUGGCCUUCAACAUUCCCUUAUACUUCAUGGCGAAGCUCCGCCAAGAGGCCGAUGCCUUCUUCAUCUUCCUCCUUUUCGGUUUCACCACCACUCUCUCAAUGUCGAUGAUCAUCAGAACCAUCGGCCAGACCUCCAAGACCAUUCACCAAGCCUUGACGCCCGCCGCGAUCUUUAUCUUAUCGCUCGUUAUCUAUACCGGUUUCAUCCUCCCUACCCGCGAUAUGAAGGGCUGGCUCCGCUGGAUCAACUACAUCAACCCGAUCGCCUACGCGUUCGAGAGCCUGGUCGUCAACGAGUUCAACGGUCGGCAAUUCCCCUGUCCCUCGUUCGUUCCGGCUUACCCGAACGCGGAGCCGAAUGAGAGGACAUGCUCGGUUGCUGGCGCUGCUCCUGGUGCAGACUUUGUUGACGGUGACUUCUACAUGAAUGCCACUUUCAGUUACUACAAGUCUCAUAUUUGGAGGAAUUUCGGAAUCUUGAUUGCCUUUAUCGUUUUCUUCAUGUGUGUCUAUUUGCUCGCGGCGGAGUACAUCACCACAGACCGCUCUAAGGGCGAGGUAUUGAUCUUCCGGCAUGGCCACUCGGCUCCGAACCUAUCAAAGAACUCAUCCGACGAGGAGACCGGCCAAUCCGGACGUGUUUACCAGCACGAAAAGUCUGAAGGACAUGCUGCUCAGUCCGGUGUUAAACAAACGGCAAUCAACAAGAGCCAAUCGGUAUUCCACUGGAAAGACGUUUGUUAUGACAUCUCCAUCAAGGGAAACAACCGCAGGAUUCUUGACAAAGCCAGCGGAUGGGUGAAGCCUGGAACUCUGACUGCUUUGAUGGCAAGUGGACCUCGUUUAUGGAAAAGGAUCUGUACUGACGACCAGUCAAGGGCUCUACUGGCGCUGGCAAGACUACUCUUCUUGAUGUCCUAG